AGCAGGUGAUGGGUGAUGAAGACGCUUAUUGUAGAGGUCUGAUGAACAUGCCAUCUACUUACCGCAGAUAGAGCCAAAGAAUGGAUGUAAUGAAGGGCAGAACUAUGUAGAGUGGAAUAUAAAUCAGGGCAAAAAAGCAUUAGAAGACACAGGAAGAAAAUUGCAACUGAGAGGCAUGCACGAACAAAAUGAAGCACAGAGAGAUAUGGGCUUUGAGAAUGAGGAUGAUGCUCACGUGUACAGAGAUGAAGCAUCAGUCCUUACUCACCUUUGUGAAGAUCAGGGAAGAAGUGAGACGCAGCCGGCAAAAUGGGACAGGGUGGAUCAAAGUUUUGCUUUAACACCAAGAAUAAGCAGAGACUCUGUGACACAAUACCUUCAGUACAGACCUGAUCAGUCAGUGAUCAUUCUUCAUGCCAGAGUUGCUCAGAAGUCCUAUGGAAAUGAGAAACGAUUUUUCUGUCCUCCUCCAUGUGUGUACCUCUGUGGCAGUGGAUGGAAUCUCAGACAAGAACACCUCAAAGCAUCAGGUCUUGGUGAAUCCACUUGUCGUGUGUGGGGGUACAUGGGUCUGGAUGGCUCCUCUGGGACACAAGCAGACAACUUCAAACUGAGCUUUGAAGAACAAACGGAAAGAAUGAUGUUUGCCUGUGCCAAAACCCUGUAUAUCUCAGAUGCAGAUAAGCGUAAACACUUCCGUUUGCUGCUUCGUCUGUUCCACAGUGGCGGGCAGGAGAUUGGGUCUUUCCAAAGUGGACUUAUUAAAGUCAUUUCCAAACCCUCACAGAAAAGACAAUCCAUGAAGAAUGCAGAUUUGUGCAUCUCAUCUGGUUCAAGAGUUUCAUUGUUUAAUCGGCUGAGGUCUCAGACAGUCAGCACACGUUAUCUUGCAGUGGAGGGUGGAGGCUUUGUGGCUAGCGCCAGACAGUGGACUGCUUUUACUCUCAUUCUCGUAGAGGAUAAGCAGACUGACCGCAGUGAUUACUCUGUGUGUGAAAGUUACAUCUGUUAUGGCUGUGUGGUUCAGCUGGUAUGCACCAUUUCAGGAGUUGCAUUGCCACCCAUGGUGAUCCGUAAGGUGAAUAAGCAGCAUGCAUGCCUGGAUAUAGAUGAGCCAGUGUCCCAGCUUCAUAAAUGUGCGUUUCAGCUCAGAAACAGCAAGCACAUGUACCUCUGCCUCUCCAAUGAAAAAAUCUUACAGUACCAGGCUUCUCCAUGUCAAAAGGAGAGCAAUCGAGAGCUGUUGAAUGAUGGUUCAUGUUGGACGAUCACUGGUACAGAAGUUGUUGAGUACACCUUCAGUGAAAGCCUGACCAGCAUCCGAACAGUCAUCAGCCCUGUCCCUGUAAUUAAUGGACUGGAGCUAAAUGGUGGAGGCCAUGUGGCCAUGUUAGAGAUCAACGGAGAAAACUUCAGUCCUUACCUAAAGGUCUGGUUUGGGAAUAUGGAGGCUGAAACUAUGUAUAGGAGUCCAAGGACUUUGCUGUGUGUUGUGCCCGAUAUUUCAGUGUUUGGCGGAGAGUGGCGGCGGUAUAGGCAGCCUAUCACAGUCCCUUUGUCUCUGAUACGAUUGGACGGGAUGAUCUACAGAAGCUCAUUCACUUUCACAUAUACACCAGAGCACAGCUCUUCCUCUCAACCAUGCACUGUUGCUGAGAGAACUGCCAACUCAGACACACUCAUUGACACCAUACACCAAGAGUUUACCAGAACCAAUUUUCACCUGUUCAUGCAGAGCUGACAGAUACUGGGGUAAAACAAAAAAGAAUACCAAAAUCUUUUUUAAAGAAUACACACAAUUGUUUGUUUAUCUGCAAAAAAAAUGUAAUCUAUGCAAAUCGGGGGGGAAAAAAGUCUAGAAAUAAAAAUUGCUAUUUUUCAAGCUCAAAUAUUACAAUAAAGUAAAUAUAGGAUUAGUAAUGUCAUGGCCAAAACUGACUAAAAACUCAAUUUCCACAAUGCACCUCCAACUACAAUGAUAUCUUUAUUCAAUCAGUCAGCCCACAUUUAGUUAUAUAGCACCUUAGAGCAACCUUAGUUGAACCAAAGUGCUUCACAGCAUUAAAAUGAAUGACAAAACAUAAAAGUAUUGAGUUAAUUUUGCUUUAACAGUGUAAUAUUAAGUAACUCAGGUAGAAUGGUGUUCCAGAAUUUGUGCCUGCAUUUCAGAGGAGUGAUUUUUGUCCAUUGUUUGCACCUAGACCAAGAGACCACUACUAAGAUAGCAGAACGUAGCGCUCUACUUUGUUGGUAAAAGCUUAAUUUCUCAAAUAAGUAAGAAGGAGCCAAGCAUUUAAUAACAAAAAAAUGUGAUCAUGUUUAUGAGUAUUAGUCAGCAUACGAGCCUCAGCAUUCUGCACAAGUUGUAGUCAAAGCAGAUGAGCUUGAGUGACGCCAAUAUAAAGUGCAUUGCAAUAAUCUAGCCUUGAUCUAAUAAAAGCAUGAAUGUCUUUCUCCAGGUCACUCCGAUUCAGAAAGGGCUUGACCUUUGCAAGGAGGCAAAGAUGGAACAAAGCCUGCCUUGACACCAGAGUAAAUGUGUGUCUGAAAGUUUAAACUGUUGUCUAAACUCACCCCCAAAUGUUUGACUGUUUGGCCAAAAUGAGGGACUGGGAAGUCAAGACCAGCAGCAACAAAAGUUGAUGAAAUAAGGCAUUGUGCUGAAAUAAUCUACCCUAAUGACAGCAUGUACAAAGAAAACAAAACAGAGCCCUAAAUAGACCCUGUGGAACACCACAGUUUAAAAGGGCUGGGAAGGAAAAGAGAUCACCAAUCACAACAGGCCAACUUGUUGUGCCAGACAUGUCAGGAGAAUUGAGUGAUCAAAAGCUGCAGUAAGGUCCAACAUCACGAGCAGCAGAGUUUUUUUUUUUUUUAUCAAAGGGCAAGAGACAGGACAUUCUGCACCUUCAGUACAGAAUGCUGUGGCAUGUUCUAAAGCUGGAUUGGAAUUCUCUACAAUAUGAUUUAAUUCUAAAAAGAUUGAAUAGAGAUUGAAUAGAGACAACUUUUUUUAAUAGAAUAAAUGAGACAAUAGUUAGAAAAUACUGCAGGAUCAGCAAUGAGAAAUGAGACAGUAGACAAUACUGCAGGAUUGAGAUUGGAUUUCUUGAGAAGAGGUCUGACUACGGAAUGAUUGAAGAUUGGGACAAACCCCAAACUUCGGCAGCUGUUAUUAAAUGAGAGGAGACAUGGCACCAUUGUGUUAAAAACCUGUUUCAGCACCCUACAUGGGAUAAUGUCUAAAGAAUUAAAUAACACCCUAGAAUGAUUACAGCUGUGAAUGACAUUUAACAAGUAAAUACAUUUAGCUUCAACUGCAUUUUGAAAGACAGAAAG